AUGUCUUCCACGAAACCCCUCGUCCUCUACGGCCACAAUUACACCGCCAACCCGGCAAAGGUGGUCAUGAUCCUCGAGGAGCUCGAGAUCCCCUACGAACACAUCAUGAUCGACCUCGCCGUCGUCAAGGAGGAGCCCUACGUCUCCAUCAACCCCAACGGCCGCCUCCCGGCCCUCAGGGACCCGAACACGGGCAUCACCCUCUGGGAGUCGGGCGCCAUCAUCGAGUACCUCGUCGAGACCUACGACGCCGGCAACAGGCUCACGUACCCGUCGCCACCUGAGCGGUUCCUGCUAAAGCAGUGGCUGCACUUCCAAAUGUCGGGCCAGGGCCCUUACUUUGGCCAGCUCGGCUGGUUCAUGUUCUUCCACCCGGAAGACGUCCCGAGUGCAAAGGAGCGCUACGAGGAGCAGACGGUCCGCGUCCUCUCCGUCCUCGACCGAGCCCUCAGGGGAAGAGAGUACCUCGUCGGAGACAAGGCAACCUACGCCGACAUCGCCUUCAUGCCGUGGGACUACCUGGCCCGACACCUCCUCGGCGACGCCUGGACCGCCAAGUGGGAAGUCGACGCCAAGUACCCCGACUACGCCGCCUGGGCAGCCCGGGUCCGCGCCCGCCCCGUCGUCGACAGAGUCUUGAAGACCAUGGGCAGCCAGCGCGCGGAGACGGAGAAGCAGAAAGCGGAGGGACCUGCCCCGCAGUGA